CCAAUACUUGGCACUUGUCUGCAAAAUAUUGGUAUUUUUAUGUCGUGUGUUAACUAAUUGUAGUGUUGCUUGCUGAUAAUGGACAUGUUUAAUAAACUUAAGAGUGCAGUAUCCAGUGCCCUUCCUGGCAACCCACUGUCUAAGGAUUUUGAGGUGUAUGGACAGAUAGGUACUGCAGGCCCUGGACUCAUGUGGAAAAUAUACAGUGGCAUGAAAAAGACCACAAAACAGGAUGCUGCAAUAUUUUUGUUCGAAAAGAAAAGUAUAGAGAAAUAUUCCCGCCGCGACAAGGAACUGAUAUUGGAAGCAUUAUGGCAUGGAGCUUCACAACUGACUCGACUCAGACAUCCAAAAAUAUUAUCUGUGAUGCAGCCACUUGAAGAGUCAAGGGAGUGUUUAGCAUUUGCCACAGAGCCAGUCUUAGCCAGCCUUGCAAACAUCCUAGGUAACCGUGACAACAUUCCAGAACCAAUUACUAAGCAACUAAAAGAACACGAGCUAUAUGAUGUGGAGAUUAAGUAUGGACUUCUGCAGGUAACAGAAGGAGUGCAGUUCCUCCAUCACGAUGCUAAACUUCUGCACAACAACAUAUGUCCAGAAAGCAUCAUUGUCAACAAGAAUGGAUCCUGGAAACUAGCAGGAUUUGACUUCUGUAUACUGAACAAGAAUCCUCCUGAUCAGGCACCUAUGUUUCCAUAUAAAGAUUGGGAUCCCGACGUAGCCCCUUGUGCUCAGCCUAACCUGGACUACAUGGCUCCAGAGUAUGCUAUAUCGGAGUCAUGCAGCCUGGCAUGUGAUAUGUUCUCACUAGGCGUGUUGAUAUAUUCCAUGUUUAACAAUGGUAAACCUCUUUAUGAGUGCAACAACCAACUUAGUACAUUCAAGAAAAAUGCCGAAGAGUUAAGAAAAUGGAGAGGAUCUCUUCUAGGAAAGAUUCCAUCUGAGUUACGAGACAUUGUAAAGCUUCUGUUUAACACAGAACCUACAGUUAGACCAGAUCCAGACCAGCUGGCAAAGAUAAGUUUCUUUGAAGAUGUAGGCUCAAUGACUCUACAGUACAUGGAUUCCCUGUUUCAACAAGACAAUCUUCAGAAGUCUAAAUUCUUCAAAGGACUGCCAAAAAUUAUUGUUAAAUUUCCAAAGAGAGUUAACCUCCAAAGAAUACUACCUCCAUUGUUGAAGGAGUGUGUAAAUCCAGACAUGAUACCGUUUGUAUUACCCAACAUUCUUCAGAUAGCAGAGCACGCUUCAGACAAAGAAUAUACUACAUUUAUACUGCCAGAACUCAUACCUAUGUUUAAGAUAACAUCUCCAAUACAGAUUCUGCUGUUAUUCAUGCAAAACAUGAAUUUGCUGUUGAAAAAGACACCAGCCAAUGAUAUCAAAACACAUGUAUUACCUAUGAUAUAUAGGGCACUGGAGUCUGAUAACUCUCAAAUACAGGCAGAUGCUCUUUUUGUUCAGGAAUUAUGUCUAAACAUCAUUCCCACAUUUGCUGACCUGAUAGACUAUACGUCACUGAAAAAUUCCAUAGUACCGAGGAUAAAGAAGUUGUGCUUAAGCACAACUAUAACAGGGGUUCGGGUGAAUUGUUUACUGUCACUGGGUAAACUGUUGGAGUCAAUGGAUAAAUGGUACGUUCUUGAUGAAGUUUUACCCUUGUUGCCACAAAUACCAUCUCGGGAACCAGCAGUGCUAAUGAGUAUACUUGGUAUCUACAAAGUUGCAUUCUCCCACGAUAAACUCGGUAUCACCAAGGAUUUGCUAGCAGGGAAGGUGGUUCCAUUUCUUAUGACAGUCUCCAUUGAACACAGUCUGAACUUAGGACAGUUUACAGCAUUUAUUACAUUGGUACGGGAAAUGAUAACUAAGAUAGAGACGGAACAUAGAAGUAAACUGGAACAACUGGAACAGAUGAAACAAGAACAAAAGAAUAUGGAGAUUACAAAAAUAACAGAACAAGAUGAUAAAACUCUGAUUAGUGGAAUAGAUGAAAAACCAAAAACUAUGAUGGAUUCAUUUCUGUCAGGAGUUGGAAUGGGGGCAGGUGAUAAAUCUGCCAGUCCACCAAGAAAUUCUGCAAAACCAACUCCAGCAACGAGUCAGCCAGCCAAGGUAACAUUGUCACUUGAAGAGAAACAGAGAAUUGCUAAGCAACAGGAGCAACAAAGAUUCUUGAAAGCAUCGAAACCUCUUGAUGCAAAAUCAUCAACCCCGCAUUCUAAUAUUAAGCCUAAACAAACUUCUAACCAGCCUAAAGACCUAACAUCUAGCCUAAUGCAAUCUAAUGUGAUAGGACUUAGUUCAUCUGCUAAUAAACCUACAAGCAGUUACAAUGGAUCAGCUGGAAUGGGUAUGAAUAGCAGUAUUAGUGGUGCUUCUAUGGGGAAUAGGACAGCUCAGUCUGGAAUGGGUGUAAUGAGUUCAACUGGUUAUGGGUCAUCUAUGAACCAAGGUGGAUUUGGUUUAUCAAGUGGAAGUACAUUUUCCCAGAAUUCAUUUGGUCAGAGUCAAAGUACAGUUCAGGGAAAUAAGCCCAUAGAUCUUUCAUCAUUUGAUAAUCUUAUGUCAAGUAAUUCACAAAAGCCUAAAAUGGCAAUGAACCAGUUGAGCCAGGGUUCCAGUGGCUCAUCUAUGCAGACGGGCAUGAUGGGAAAUAUGAGUAACCAAAGCAUGAUGGGUAAACAAGGCAUAAUGGGAAAUCAAGGAAUUAUGGGAAACCAAGGAAUGAUGGGACAACAAGGCAUGAUGGGAGGACAAAGCAUGAUGGGUAAUCAGAACAUGUUGGGACAACAAGGAAUGAUGAACACUGGAUUUGGGAGUUCAGGGAUGAGUUCAGGAUUUAGUGGUGGCAUGAACUUUCAACAAAGCAGUAUGGGAAGUCAAGGAGGCAUGUUUCAGUCUCAGCCAAUGGCAGGACAGAACUUGAUGCAGCCUCAGCCAAUGGGAGGACAGAACUUGAUGCAGCCUCAGCCAGUUAAUACCCAGAACACAACAAGCAGUCUGUCGUCUGCUAGAAAUGACCUUGAUGAUUUGUUUGGGUGAAAUUACGUGGGAGUUGUCUGUGAUACUAUAAAAAACCUUUAGUCAAUGUAAAGGGAAGCAUAUAUUUAUGUGACGAGUCGCAGUUGUCUUUCAAGAACAUUGAAUGUAUUAUUACUACCAGACUGCGCAUUCCAAUAAUACUACAAGAGAAACUAGACACCAGGACUGAGUUUCUUAAUCCAAGUUACCUUCUGAACUAAUUCUUUAAUCAUUAUAUAAAAGCAAUGUAUGAUUUUUAAAAUUGUAAAUGGUAUUUUAAAGUAGAAGGAGCUAUAGUGUGGUGCAGUAUGACAUAUUGUUAUUGACCAUAUCGACAUUAAGGAUAAAUCCCGUUUUCCGGUAUUUCCGUAAAUAGGGUCAGGGGGGCUGGCGAGAUUAACCAAUAUAAAGACCGUGUACAAUAUUAGCGAUUAUUUUUGCCAGAAGAUAAGGAUUUAGGAAAGUUCUUACUUUCUCACAGUGGAAAUACUAUUCUACGACAUCGGCAACAUCUUUUUUUGCAAAAAUAAUCUGUUUACCUUGAAAAAUGCGAAUAAUUUCACACCUUCGGUAUCGAGCCACGGAAGCGGCAGUGUAGAAUAAAAGAUAAAAUGUAAACUUUGAGGAUAUUUUUUGCUACAUCUUAAUUACAACAAUGUUUAAUGAUAAUCUGCAAUAUUUUUUUAUUCAUUUUCUUUGUUUAAAACUUGGAAAAGGAUAAUCUAAACAUUACCGCCAUGUAGUGUAAUGGCCGUUACCCCCCUCACCGUAAAACUGGGAACGGGCGUUUAUUGGUGGUUAAUACCGGAAAACAGGAUUUUAUCCAUAAUGUCGAUAUCGAGAAUGGUACAGAUCACAGAGUUCAUCUUAAUGAAAGUAUUAUCCAGCUUGACUUCAGUUUCAAAUGGAGGAUGCAAAUGGACACAUUUUAUUUAUUGAUGAAUUUGUAAUGGUUAUAGUAGAAAUUGUUUACUUUGAUAAUGGACGUUUGACCAAAAAGUUAAUAGAAAUAGUAUGAAAUUAAGUGCCAGAAAAGAUAUAACACAAGACCUAAUGUGUUACUGUACUAAAUAAUAUUUUUGGUAUGUGAGCUACAGAUUUAUUAUGGAAAUUAUUUAACUUGGUCCUGAUGUUUUGAACUGAGCUAGGUAAUACACUCCACAAAAUUCCUAAUCGGUCAGUUUAUAUAGUAUUACUAUUUUGUUAAUAAUGCAUGUAUUCACACGAAAUUUCACAUACCGGCAUUUGAAUAGGUACUGCAGUUAAUUAUUGAUUUAUUUUUGGCCGACUC